AUGCCUGUGAUGAAGGGUCUCCUCGCCCCACAGAACACCUUCUUGGACACCAUUGCCAACCACUUUGAUGGCACCCACAGCAACUUUCUGCUCGGGAAUGCUCAGGGUAGACAUGGCUUCCCCAUCGUGUACUGCUCCGACGGCUUCUGCGAACUGACAGGGUUUGUGAGGACGGAGGUGAUGCAGAAGACCUGCACCUGCCGCUUCCUCCAUGGGGCUGAGACCAGCGACAGGGUGACCCAGCAGGUGGAGAAGGCUCUGGAGAGCCAGCAGGAGUACCGGGGCGAAGUACGCUUCUACAGGAAGAACGGAAAUCCAUUUUGGUGCCUUGUGGACAUCGUGCCAAUUAAAAAUGAGAAAAGCGAGGUGGUUUUGUUCCUGUUCUCCUUCAAAGACAUCAGUGAUUCAUACGAGAAAAGCCAUCCCAACAGCAGGAGAGAUGAGUUGUCCGAGGGCACCCUACAGAGCAGGAAAAGCAACGGAUCUGUUUUUUCCCAAGCCCGGGAGAGAGGGAGGACCGUUCUGUACCACCUGACCAACCUGUUCUCCAAGAGAGGCGAGGGCAAGCUGGCCAAAGGUGUGUUUCAGAAGCCCUCUCUGCCGGAGUACAAGGUGGCGCCUCUGAAGAAGUCUCAGUUCAUCCUGCUGCACUACAGCAUCUCCAAGGCCUUGUGGGACUGGCUGAUCCUGCUGGCAACCUUCUACGUGGCCAUCACCGUCCCCUACGACGUCUGCUUUGUCAGCCAUGGGGCGGACAGCGAGCGGGCCUCGGCCGCUCAGAGCACCAUAGCCAGCGACAUUGUGGUGGAGAUGCUCUUCAUACUGGAUAUCAUCCUGAACUUCCGAACCACCUACGUGAGCCAGUCAGGCCAAGUGGUAUAUGACGCUCGCUCCAUCUACCUUCAUUACUGCACCACUUGGUUCUUCGUAGACCUCAUCGCUGCUCUGCCCUUUGACCUCCUCUACGCCUUCAACGUCACGGUGACCUCUCUGGUGUACUUGCUGAAGACGUUGCGCCUGCUGCGGCUUCUGCGCCUGUUACAGAAGCUGGAUCGCUACUCCCAGUACAGUGCUGUGGUCCUGACCCUGCUCAUGUCUGUGUUUGCCCUGCUGGCUCACUGGAUGGCCUGUGUCUGGUACGUCAUCGGACGCAAAGAGAUAGAAAGCACUGACCCUGUCACCUGGGACAUAGGCUGGCUACAGGAGUUAGGAAAGCGUCUGGAGACCCCCUACAUCAACAGCACUGCAGGCGGUCCAUCUAUGGCAAGCGCCUACAUCGCCUCUCUCUACUUCACUCUCAGCAGCCUCACCAGUGUGGGGUUUGGAAAUGUGUGCGCUAAUACGGAUGCUGAGAAGAUCUUCUCCAUCUGUAUCAUGCUCAUGGGUGCGCUGAUGCACGCGGUGGUCUUUGGCAACGUAACGGCCAUCAUCCAGCGCAUGUACUCAAGGCGCUCCCUCUACCACACUCGUAUGAAGGACCUGAAGGACUUUAUCCGGGUCCACCGACUCCCUCAGCAGCUCAAGCAGAGGAUGCAAGAGUACUUCCAGGCCACCUGGUCGGUCAACAACGGUAUCAACACAAAUGAGCUGCUGCAUGACUUCCCAGAUGAACUACGGGCUGACAUCGCCAUGCACCUGAACAAGGACAUCCUGCAGUUGCCUGUGUUUGAGCGGGCCAGCAGGGGGUGUUUACGCUCCCUCUCCCUACACAUCAAGACCUCUUUCUGUGCCCCCGGGGAGUACCUCAUCCGCCAUGGAGACGCCCUGCAAGCCUACUACUUUGUCUGCUCAGGAUCCCUGGAGGUGCUGAAAGACGGCAUGGUUCUAGCUAUCCUGGGCAAAGGUGAUCUAAUUGGGGCCGACCUCCUGGGAUACGAGCAGGUUAUCAAGACCAACGCAGACGUGAAGGCGCUGACCUACUGUGACCUGCAGUACAUCAGCGUCAGGGCUCUGCGGGAGGUCCUCGGUCUGUACCCGGAGUACGGCAGCCGCUUCAUCUCUGACAUUCACCAUAACCUCACCUACAACCUGAGAGAAGGCAGUGAAGCUGACGUAAGAUGCAAAGAUCUCGUGCCACGGCACACAAGUAUAGACAACAAACUACCCUUCAUUGUCGAGGCAGACGAUGUGGAACAUGAAGAAAUGGGGGACUGUCAUCAAAAGAGGCUGCCCCUACUCCAUGGGACGUGCAGCCCCGUUCGCCAGCCCUGUCCCGGCAACCUGUUAGGGGAGGAGCUCCACCACGUCAACGCGCUCCGCCUUUGUCGAUCGCCCAUUCAGGGCUGCAGAGGCCACAGCCCCUCUCCCCAGCCGCCCACCAGCGAGGAGGUCUUGCCCAUGGACUUACCCACACGUCUCAGUGAUCCAGGCUCCAGCCAUAGGCCAGCCAAGCUGCUCAUCCCCCCCAUGCACUGUGUCAGCCCACUGGACUUGAGUCCCAGGGUUGUGGAUGGAAUUGAAGACAAUGGUCACACUUUUCAUUUUAAUGUAGAGCAGAGUGAGGGGGAGGCUAAUGGAAAAGACUCAUUGCAGGUGAGUGCUAACCUGCUUCUGGGGACAGAGGAGGUUAGACAGAACAUCAGCAAACUAAACAAAGAGGUGAACAACGUGAACCAAGAAUUAUCCGACCUGACCAAGGAGCUCCAUGAGAUGAUGCAUUUCCUACAGACCCAUAUGCCCAUGCUGCAUUAUACCACUCCAGUCUCCACGUAUUCUUGUGGCAUACAGGUGGCUCACAAUGCUAGUAUGACUUCUUCCAGUGAUUGGCAGACAAAGGUACCUUUUAAUGGAGCCACUGGGCCUCACCUCUAUCAUGAGCCAAUCAACCAUCCUGCCAGAAAUGUUUGGGGCUACAGUGGAAUGCCCACUCAGCAAAACCAAAGUUCCACCAUAGGACAAAAGGUUGAGUUGGAGCAUUUGCACCUGGCAUCCAGUCCCAUGUCAUCCUGUUUACAUCUGUGCUGUUCUGACAGAGACAGAUCUAAUGCUCAUAGCCUACAAAACCAGCGUGACUUCUUCAAGACCUCCAGAACGACGCCCAACUCUCCCUUCAUGACCCACUUACAUGACCAGGGAGGUCAGCCCCUCCUAGGCCCUGGUACUGUCUUUCAAGGCUUCCCGGUGGCUUGUCAAGGUCCUCAGGCGGGAUACAAGACCUCUGUUACAGCUAUGAGCGCCCCUCACCCCUUGUGUUCCCCAGAAAAUCUGAGCCAGUCCCAUCCCUCUCAAAGUGUGCACGUAAACUCUGAUCUCACACACUCGCAGUCUAAAUCCCCCAUGCCCAUCCAUUCUUCCCUCCCCCCUACUGGCCAGCCACAGCUCCAUAGUGCUUUCAGCUCUUUUAAAUCAUCAGGGGUCUACACAUCUAUAAGCCCAUCACACAACCAGGGGCCUCAGGGUUCUUUCAGUGACCACAGGCAGAAUGAUCCGGUAGGAUCCAGCCCUAUCCACCAGACAAAUGAUGUGAGACGUUCUUUGUUGGGGCCGUCAGCAGGAACAGAUUGUAGAGUUUUGGAGUGUCUAGAGUCUAAAACCAGAUCAGAGACGGCCGACAAUGAUUUUGUGGAUUGUCAUGGUGCCAGCAGCAUUUGUCUAACCACAGAAUCUGAAGCACUCUGGGGCCUAGAGGUGAUAUCAGCACCACGCUGA